UCUUCCAACCAUUUCCACUCAACUCUCCACUCUCUCAUCUCCUGCUAUCACUGGGAUCUUCUUCUUCUAGAUGGCUUCCACGGAUGACUGCCUCACCCUUGAUUUUAUCAGCCAAUACCUCCUCGCCGACGAUGACGCACCCCAGGAGCUGCCGUCCCUCCACCGUCGCCCGCGCCUCACCGUAUCCGUCCUUCCCCGAGAUCCCGUUGCCUUCCCAACCGUCUCCGGGAACAACGAGGCGAGGCGGUACCGCGGGGUCCGCCAGCGGCCGUGGGGCAAGUUCGCGGCCGAGAUCCGCGACCCCGCCCGGCGAGGGACGCGGCUGUGGCUCGGCACCUUCGACAGCGCCGUCGAGGCCGCCAAGGCCUAUGACCGCGCCGCCUUCCAGAUGCGCGGCCGCAAGGCGAUCCUCAACUUCCCCCACGAGAUCGGUGCCGGUGGCGGCUGGGUUCCGGCUCCCGCUGUCACGGCGUCGUCCGGUGAGAAGAGGAAGCGAGAGGCGGAGGAGGAAGGAUGGGUGGUGGAAUCGAGGGCGGUUAAGAAGGAGCGGUCGCCGGAAGUCGAGGGCAGCAGCGAAGGUCGUGCUCCGCCGCCGUGCCCCCUGACGCCAUCGAGUUGGAAAGGGGUUUGGGAUGGGGAGACGACGGGCAUCUUUAACCUGCCGCCGUUAUCUCCUCUCCGUUCUUUGGGAUUUCCGCAACUCACCGUCAGCUGAAAAUGAUCUGAUCCGUCCAUCGAAGUGAGACAUAUUUUGAUUGACGGCGUUCACCGAUCGAAAUAGAUGGUCAGCGAAGAGAUAGUAUUGGAUUAUUAUUUUAUUAAUUAUCUUGUUGGGAGUGGUUGGGGGCUGUGUGUAAAUUGGCGGUGGGAUAAAUCGUGUUGUUUAUUUAUUUAUUUAUUUAUUUAUUCUUUUGUUUGUUGGCAAGCCAUUUGGUCUAAAUAUUUGCAUUACCACGAAAUGAAAUGUAAUAUUUUUUUCUUAACCAAAGUUAUUUUAAACUUCGCAA